AUGGUAGCUAAAGUGCUCAUUGAUACAGGUUCAGAUUUGACGCUGGUCCAAAGCAAGUACUUAAUGGAAGAUGAUAUAAACUACGAGGAUCAAGUAUGCGCGACUGGAUUCAUGCAAAAUCCUAUAAUAGUGCCUACUACCAACAUCAGCAUUAAAAUUGGUAGGAAGAAAAAAAUUAGCCUUGCCGCUGUUGUGGAUGCACUACCGUAUGAUGCUAUUUUGGGACGAAACGCUAUUGAAGAAUUCAAUUUACUAACAAUUAAUAACCUGGACCUGGAAACUGUGGUCAGUGAGGAGCCGGAUAAUUUAGAAGCUACUGCUAUAAAGGCCAUUAGAGAACCAGAAAAGGAUAUCUUUUCUAAUGAGGAAUCUGUCGUGGAACAAAAACGACAAAAGCCGGAAGAAAUCGCCAAAGAUUAA